AUGUCCGUGAACCAAUGCAUCCCAUGUUACAUCUGGUUCUUGUCGGCGAAGUUCGUACUCUUUCUUGGUCUUCGAUACAAAAGCUGGGUGAGAGAUUUAAACGAACCAUGGAAUGCAGGAUCGAAUUCCGCCAAGAAUGGACUUACCAUCCACCUCCUCUCGAGUAAGAGGCAGGACUUGCUCUCCGCCGCCAUUGUCUGGUGCUCCUGCACCGAUGGCUCCAACCACUUCCUCCAUUGUUUGUUUGGGGUUCUUGAUUUACGUGUACUGUAUGAUCUUUCCGCAAGUUUGGAAGCAAGUGAUGUGAUGUCGGCCUGCUUUCGCGUCCUUGGUUUAGGAAAGCUUAUGCGCGCGAGGUGA